AUGGUCAACGUUCCAAAAACGCGCCGUACAUUCUGCAAAGGCAAAAACUGCAAGAAACAUACUUUACACAAAGUAUCUCAAUAUAAAAAAGGCAAAGACAGUGUUCACGUCCAAGGUAAACGUCGUUACGAUAUGAAACAAAAAGGUUAUGGUGGUCAAAAGAAACCCGUGUUUCACAAGAAAGCGAAAACAACAAAGAAGAUCGUCUUACGUAUGGAAUGCACGGAAUGUAAAUUUAAGAAACAAUUAGCCAUUAAACGCACCAAACACUUCGAAUUGGGUGCGGAAAAGAAGAAGAAAAAUCAAGUUAUCAGUUAUUAA